UUCAGAUUAGACGUCAUAUUACUGAUCGUGUUAUCACUACUUGGGCCCGUAGUUAGUGAUGAUCCCUUCUCCUUGCCACCAUCCUUCACGGAUGGAGCUCACAGUGCUUCGGAGUUCGAAGUAUUCAAUGAAUACGACCUUUUGGGGGCGAUCUCAAUACCGUUCCCCGAUCCCAAGACGCAAUACAUCGAAGAAAACGGCCACGACGGAUUUCCCGCCUUCGGAUUUAGAUCCGGAUCAGACGUGAAAAUCGCUCACAGGCAAAUACUGCCGGAGAAAUUGUCUUCGGAAUUUUCCAUUUUAAUAAGUGCCAAGCCGAAAAGCAGACGGGCGGCAUUCAUCUUCGCUGUUGUUAAUCCUUAUGAUACGGUAGUGGAACUAGGUGUCAGAAUAGCUCCAGACGGACUCAGUACAUCUGUCCUCAGCCUAUACUACACAGACUUUACCCAAAUUAGUUCCCGUAGCAUAGCAAAUUUCACCGUGCCAAAAUUCUACAACAAAUGGAUGUCGUUCGCUUUUAGAGUUAGCCUAGAAAACGUGACGUUAUUUUUUAACUGUAACGAAACCGAAACGAUUCUAGUCCGAAGAAAUCCCUUAGAGUUAGUAUUCGAUUCAGCGUCGACAUUGUAUAUAGCUCAAGCUGGACCGAAAUUUGGUGAACCGUACGAGGGUGCUAUAGAUCAACUGAAAAUAUUCCGAGAUCCCAACAUGGCGGCGGAACAAUGCAAAACGGAUUUCCAGGGUUUUCAUAUUUCGGAAGACGGAAGUAUUCCUGAUAUAGAAAGAAUGGACUACGAUGGAUCGUACAGAGAAGGCAGCGGGACAGAAGAUCUAGGAGUUUUUCCGCCGCCUCCACCACCUCCUGAUGGUAAGACUUGCUUUUGUGAUUCUGAUAAAGAACAUUGUUGUAAUUCUCUUUAUGAUGGUGACAAAGCUGCCGCUGGAUAUUAUCGAGGGGAGAAGGGAGAUCGAGGGCCCAGGGGACCACCGGGAGAAUCAAUUAGAGGUCCUCCCGGACCUCCCGGCCCAUCAGGUCUUCCAGGAGUACCAGCACCAGAGGCUGUCUGCACAUGCAACUUAACGUCAAUCAUUAGCACAAUUAAAAGCCAGGCCAACAUUCCCUAUACGCCAAUUGAAGGAAAACCUGGAUCACCUGGAGCGAGUGGGCUGCCAGGACCUCCAGGAGAUAGAGGCCCCAUCGGUCCGCCCGGUGACAAAGGUGAGCGAGGAGAAAAAGGUCCUCAAGGUUCGGAAGGAUAUCAGGGUGCUAAGGGAGAGCCAGGAAGAGAUGGAACGCCAGGACUGCCAGGCCCACCUGGAUCGCCAGGGCCGCCGGGGCCUGUCGAGUUUGAAAACGUAGAUCCAAGCUGGAAGCCAAGGGGACCCUUCAAGGACACCGUCUUAGGAGGUUCAAUGGUAAGACCAGGAGUACCAGGGCCCAAGGGCGAACCAGGCAAGCAAGGCCCUAUAGGCCCCAGAGGAGAAAAGGGGCCAGCAGGUUCGAAGGGUGCACAUGGAGAGCCAGGCCUUAAAGGUGAACGUGGUGAUAGGGGUAUUCCGGGCGAGAAAGGCGUACAGGGUAAAAGAGGUGACGAUGGAGCGCCUGGUAUGGAUGGUAUUCCCGGUACUCUGGGAAAACAUGGAGAGAAAGGUGAGAAGGGUAGCACUGGAAAUCCUGGUCCUGCAGGACCACCUGGACCAUCUGGGAUACAUAUAGCGGGUGGUACUGCUGAGGAAGCGAUUAAAAUUAUGCCUGGAUUGCCUGGAGCUAAAGGGGAUACAGGAGAGAGGGGACCGAAGGGAGACAAAGGUGAUACUGGAGAAGCUGGUAUACCUGGUGUAUCUGGAAUGCCAGGAACCGAAGGUAUUCCUGGUGAGAAGGGAGACCCAGGUAUUGAUGGAGCGACAGGGCCAAUGGGAUCUCCAGGUUCCAAGGGAGAUAAAGGGGAGAGAGGACUACCGGGUUCAAUUGUAACUGCAGAUGGAACCGAUAAUAUUAUGACAAUUAAAGGUCAGAAAGGUGAUAUGGGUAAGCGAGGAAGACGAGGAAAACCUGGUCCAGUUGGUCCACCAGGUCCGCCUGGAAAACUUGGAGAAAUUGGACUGCCAGGAUGGAUGGGAAGGCCUGGAAUACCGGGAGUUCCAGGAACGAAAGGAACGAAGGGCGAUUCAGGAGGACACAAGGGCGACAAGGGCGAUAAGGGUGACCUGGGUCCGGCAGGUAAGGAUGGCACGCCGGGCCUUCCGGGUCCACCGGGACCGCGAUCAUCAGACGAAACGACGAGGUACAUUCCAGUGCCAGGACCUCCAGGGCCCCCCGGUCCUCCAGGUCCUUCGGGGAUGCCAGGAUUGUCUAUAACAGGCCCCAAAGGCGAGCCGGGCAGCCCCGCUUACGGAGAAACUGCUCACUACAGCCGACCAGGAAGGGCAACAGCUUUUCCUCCACUACAUCAGCCUAGCGAGCAACAACUAGCUUCGGCGCACGUGGUUCCUGGUGCUGUGACCUUCCAAGACAAGAGCGCGAUGACCAAGAUGACGUCAGCUAGUCCGGUCGGAACUCUAGCGUACGUCAUCGAAGAGGAGGCAUUGCUAGUUAGAGUUAAUAAUGGAUGGCAAUAUGUUGCGUUGGGUUCAUUACUUCCAGUAACAACACCAGCGCCACCUACGACAAGCAGUCCCCAAAUACGGCCGCCGUUCGAAGCGAGCAACCUCAUCAAUCACAUAUCCUCCAAGCCGGCAGAUGUUUCUCAUUUGCGGCUCGCGGCACUGAACGAGGCGUACACUGGCGACAUCCACGGCGUCCGGGGCGCCGAUUACGCCUGUUAUCGCGAGGCGCGCCGAGCCGGUCUCCGGGGAACCUUCAGGGCUCUGCUCUCUUCCAGAGUGCAGAACGUAGAUUCUAUCGUCAGACAGGCCGAUCGCAAAUUGCCAGUGUGCAAUCUCAGAGGGGAAGUGCUCUUUAAUUCCUGGGCUGAAAUCUUCAACGGCGACGGUGGAGCGUUCCCUCAUCCCCCCAGAAUAUACUCGUUCAGCGGCAAAAACGUUCUCUCUGACUUUUCAUGGCCUAACAAAGCCGUCUGGCACGGGGCUCUUUUGACCGGCGAACGAGCCUUAGACACGUCGUGCGAUGCCUGGCAUACGGCCUCUAAGGAAAAAGUCGGACUGGCCGGCAGCCUGAAGGGGCCAAGACUCUUGGAACAAGCGCCCUAUUCUUGCGAUAAAAGACUUAUUUUACUUUGCAUCGAAGCUACUACGGAGCAGUUUGUGCAGAGAAGAAGGAGAAGCGUUUAUGAAGAGAGUACUGAAUUGCUCAACGAAGAAGAAUACCAAGACCUGCUGAAUUCCAUUCAUUAAGAGUCAUAUCGUAUGUAGAGACAACAUUGUUCCAUCCAUAUUCAUAAAGUUCAUAUAGACUUUUUUGUGUCACGUGUCGUAUGUGUAAGAUCUACUACGUUGUUGUUAUUAAGAAAAUAAUAUAGGCCUGGAUCCUGUGUACUCAAAAAAGUUUAUUAAUAGUAAGCUGAAAAUUUGUUGGUAGCUUAACGGUGUCUAGUCGGACACACUUUUAUGUACGGGAGCACUGGAACAGGGGAAGUUUUAAUUGUGGAAUUGGUUACAGGUUUCGACCGUCAGACUACGAAAACGUCCCAUGUAUUUUGUCGAACAAAACUUCCAAUUGAUUUGUUACCCUUUUAAUUACCUCUCAUGCAAAAAAUCAGACUACUAUUAACCACCAACAUAAUUUCUGUCAUUUGAUAGGUUCUACGUGUCGGACUUAAUGCCCAACAUUAAAAUGCCCAACAUAUCUGUGGGACAAACAUUUUUUCAUAUAUUAUAUAAAGUUUGGUAUUGAAUAAACUUAAAAAAAACCUUCUAGUUUUCACAAUCAUAAACUUGUCAGGAUGACACGUUCCACAAUUAAAACUUCUCCUGUUCCAGUGUUCCCAUACAUCAAAGUUUGUCCGACUAGACACUGUCAAGCUAUUAACAAAUUUUUAGCUUGCUUUUAAUAAACUUUUCUUUGGUACGCGGGAUACCGGCCUAAUAAUAGUAGAGGAUCCGAUAUAAGGCCGAUCUGCACCGAUCUUGGAUAAAAAUUAGUGGAUAAAAAUUAUUUGUUAUGUAAUUUAGCAUGUUAACAAUUAUAAAAAACAAAGGGUGCCUGAUAUAAUUUUGUCCGGACUAUAAUUAAUUGAUAAUUAAAAAGUGACUUUUCUAAGUUUUCUAUGAAUUUAAAGUAAAAUUUCGACCCGGGCAGAUAUUAUUUUAGAUUUUUUGGAUCAUUCUAAACAAAGGCCUGGUUGGCUUCUAAAACAAAAGAUUGAUUCUAAAACAAAAAAGGUCUUUUAUCAUUUUUAAAAAAGGUCUUUAAAACUGAAAAAAGAACGAAAUAUGACGCUUUUUAAGGCUCAAAAACACAUGUAAAAAAUAUUAUUUUUGUAAUCAUCAAGUAUUUUUAAUUGUUAAUGACGAAGGUUCCUUAUGGGAAGACGGUCGAUGGGGUUGCAUUUACAACUAAAAAACAAUAUUUUAAAAUUAAAUAUGUCCAAAAUUCUUAUCAAGAACUGAUAGAAGGUUUGUAUAUGAAUUUAAGUACUUCGUAAUUUCAAAAACGAUAUUUUUUUACUUAUGUUAUGUUUUUGAGCCUUGAAAAUCGUGAUGUUUCGUUCUUUUUUCAGUUUUAAAUUAUUGUUUAUAACUGGAAAACUAUCACCUGAAGUGAUUAACUUAAGAGAAAUAUUACAAAAGACCUUUUUUGUUUCGAAUGAUCCAAAAAAUCUAAAACAAUAUUUGCCUGGGCCGAUUUUUUUUUUAUUUAUAAAAAAAUCAUUUUUAAAUUAAUAAUUAAUUAUAGUCAGAACAAAAUUAUAUAGGGUACCUCUAAUUUUUAUAGUUGUUAACAUACUAAAUUACAUAUUAAAAAGUUUUUAUCCAUUAAACAGGUAGGUGCAGUUCGAACCUACAUCGGAUCCUUUACUACAGGGUGAUUG